AUGAGAGUGAUAUAUCACUUCAAUAGUGUAUCAACUCAGUUUGGAGCCAAGGGUGGAUCUCAUGGCUGGGAGAGUAGUGACCUUGUAUACCUGGCUCAUCUUCCCCAGAUACUCAGAGACCAUGGUCAGGAAGAUGGUUACUAUGGCUUUAGUAAGAAAAGGGCAUUCCACACCAAAUUCUGGUCAGAAAUAAUAAGUAUGGAAAACAGAGUAAUUGGCUUUUUAAGAAGCCAUGUAUAUAUAAAAACUGAAAGUGCAAAGUCAAAUAUUUAUGUGGCUUCUGAGAAGGACUUUGCUAAAUUAAACAAGUCUGGAUAG